AUGUCGGUCCAGACUGUCUCGAUCCAGCCCUUCACUGACCAGAAGCCGGGCACCUCUGGUCUCCGCAAGAAGGUCAAGGUCUUCCAGCAGCCCAACUACUCCGAGUCCUUUAUUACCAGCAUUCUCCUCUCCAUCCCCGAGGGUGUCAAAGACUCUUUCCUUGUUAUUGGUGGUGAUGGCCGGUACUACAACCCUGAGGUGAUCUCCAAGAUCGCUAAGAUCAGUGCCGCCUACGGUGUCAAGAAGCUCCUGGUGGGACAGAAUGGCAUUCUCAGCACCCCCGCUGCUAGCAACCUGAUCCGGGUUCGCAAGGCCACUGGCGGUAUCUUGCUGACCGCUAGUCACAACCCUGGUGGUCCCGACAACGACUUCGGUAUCAAGUACAACUUGGCCAACGGCGCUCCCGCCCCCGAGGGCGUUACCAACAAGAUCUAUGAGUUCUCCAAGUCCCUGACCUCUUACAAUUAUCUCGAAAUCCCCGACAUCGACACCACCACCAUCGGCACCAAGACCUAUGGUCCCCUCGAAGUCGAGGUGGUCCACUCCACUGCCGACUAUGUGAACAUGCUGAAGGAGAUCUUUGACUUCGACUUGAUCAAGGACUUCCUCAAAACCCACAAAGACUUCAAGAUUCUCUUCGAUGGCAUGCACGGUGUGACUGGCCCCUAUGGCGUGGACAUCUUCGUCAAUGAGCUCGGACUACCGGCCAGCAGCACCCAAAACUGCGUGCCUAAGCCGGACUUUGGCGGCGGUCACCCUGACCCCAACUUGGUGUAUGCUCACGAGCUCGUCGAGGCUGUCGACAAGAACGGUAUUCACUUCGGUGCCGCCAGUGACGGGGACGGUGACCGUAACAUGAUCUACGGUGCCAACACAUUUGUCUCCCCCGGUGACAGUUUGGCCAUUAUUGCCCACCAUGCCAAGCUGAUCCCCUGGUUCCAAAAGCAGGGUGUGUACGGCCUUGCCCGCUCCAUGCCCACCUCCGGUGCCGUCGAUCGUGUCGCCAAGGCGCAAGGCCUUCAGAGCUACGAGGUCCCCACUGGCUGGAAGUUCUUCUGCAACUUGUUCGACAACAAGAAGAUCUCCAUCUGUGGUGAGGAGAGUUUCGGCACCGGCAGCAACCACAUCCGUGAGAAGGACGGUGUGUGGGCUAUCGUUGCCUGGCUCAACAUUAUUGCCGGUGUUGCGAAGGAGAAGCCCAAUGAGACCCCCAGCAUUGCCUCGAUCCAGAAUGACUUCUGGAAGACCUAUGGCCGUACCUUCUUCACUCGGUACGACUACGAGAAUGUUGACAGCGAAGGCGCUAACAAGGUUGUCGGCACUCUUGCGGACCUGGUUUCUCAAAGCACCUUCGUCGGCAGCUCUAUUGGCAGCCGUAAGGUCACCGAUGCGGGCAACUUCUCUUACACCGACCUCGACGGUGGUGUUUCCAAGAACCAGGGUCUCUACGCCAAGUUCGACGACGGCAGCCGUAUCGUCGUCCGUCUCUCGGGUACUGGCAGCAGUGGCGCCACCAUCCGCUUGUACGUCGAGCGCUACGAGAGCGACAGCUCCAAGUUCGGCCUGGGUGCCCAAGAGUACCUCCGUGACAAUAUCUCUCUGGCACUGAACCUCCUUAAGUUCAAGGAGUAUAUCGGCCGUGAGGAUCCUGAUGUCAAGACCUAG